GAGUUGUAGUGGCAGGCUCACAGGCGUACUACAGUUGCUCGCCACCUCAACCAUGGCUUUAAUAAUGAGGGUACUUCAAUUGUCUCUACUCCUUGAUGUUGGGUGUCAAGUGUAUGCUUACAGGAUCGGAUAUGCUGAGCCGGAGAUGCCUACGUAUGGGCUGCAGCAGCCUCCUAGCUACAAGCCAGAGCAACCUCCUAGCUACAAGCCAGAGCAACCUCCUAGCUACAAGCCAGAGCAACCUCCUAGCUACAAGCCAGAGCAACCUCCUAGCUACAAGCCAGAGCAACCUCCUAGCUACAAGCCCCACCCCCAGCAGCAGCAUCCUAGCGACAAGCCCCAGCAGCAGCAUCCUAGCUACAAGCCGCAGCCCCAGCAGCAGCAACAUCCUAGCUACAAGCCCCAGCAGCAGCAACAUCCUAGCUACAAGCCCCAGCAGCAGCAACAUCCUAGCUACAAGCCCCAGCAGCAGCAACAUCCUAGCUACAAGCCCCAGCAGCAGCAGCAUCCUAGCUACAAGCCCCAGCAGCAACUUCCUAGCUACAAUCCCCAGCAGCAACAUACUAGCUACAAGCCCCAGCAGCAGCAACAGCCUAGCUACAAGCCCCAGCAGCAGCAGCAGCCCCAGCAGCCUUCUAGCUACAAGCCCCAGCAGCCUUCUAUCUACAAGCCCAAGCAGCCUUCUAGCUACAAGCCACAGGAGCCUAGCUACGACCAGCAGCAUCCUAGCUACAAGCCCCAGCAGCCGCAGCAGCAGCAGCAGCAGGAGCAGCAGCAGCAUCCUAGCGACAAGCCCCAGCAGCAGCAUCCUAGCGACAAGCCCCAGCAGCAGCCUAGCUACAAGCCCCAGCAGCAGCAGCCAAGCUACAAGCCCCAGCAGCAGCAGCAGCAACAUCCUAGCUACAAGCCCCAGCAGCAGCAACAUCCUAGCUACAAGCCCCAGCAGCAGCAGCAGCAGCAGCAGCAGCAGCAGCAGCAGCAGCAGCAGCAGCAGCAGCAGCAGCCUUCUAGCUACAAGCCACAGGAGCCUAGCUACGACCAGCAACAGCCGCAGCCGCAGCAGCAGCAGCAGCAGCAUCCUAUCGACAAGCCCCAGCAGCAGCAGCAGCAGCAUCCAAGCUACAAUCCCCAGCAGCAACAUCCUAGCUACAAGCCCCAGCAGCAGCAACAGCCUAGCUACAAGCCCCAGCAGCAGCAGCAGCCCCAGCAGCCUUCUAGCUACAAGCCCCAGCAGCCUUCUAUCUACAAGCCCCAGCAGCCUUCUAGCUACAAGCCACAGGAGCCUAGCUACGACCCGCAGCAUCCUAGCUACAAGCCCCAGCAGGAGCAGCAGCAGCAUCCUAGCGACAAGCCCCAGCAGCAGCAGCCUAGCGACAAGCCCCAGCAGCAGCAGCCUAGCUACAAGCCCCAGCAGCAGCAGCCUAGCUACAAGCCCCAGCAGCAGCAGCAGCAACAUCCUAGCUACAAGCCCCAGCAGCAGCAGCAGCAGCAACAUCCUAGCUACAAGCCCCAGCAGCAGCAACAUCCUAGCUACAAGCCCCAGCAGCAGCAGCCUUCUAGCUACAAGCCAAAGGAGCCUAGCUACGACCAGCAACAGCCGCAGCCGCAGCAGCAGCAGCAGCAUCCUAUCGACAAGCCCCAGCAGCAGCAGCAGCAUCCAAGCUACAAUCCCCAGCAGCAACAUCCUAGCUACAAGCCCCAGCAGCAGCAACAGCCUAGCUACAAGCCCCAGCAGCAGCAGCCCCAGCAGCCUUCUAGCUACAAGCCCCAGCAGCCUUCUAUCUACAAGCCCCAGCAGCCUUCUAGCUACAAGCCACAGGAGUCUAGCUACGACCAGCAGCAUCCUAGCUACAAGCCCCAGCAGCCGCAGCAGCAGCAGGAGCAGCAGCAGCAUCCUAGCGACAAGCCCCAGCAGCAGCAUCCUAGCGACAAGCCCCAGCAGCAGCAGCCUAGCUACAAGCCCCAGCAGCAGCAGCAGCAGCAGCAGCAGCAACAUCCUAGCUACAAGCCCCAGCAGCAGCAGCAGCAGCAACAUCCUAGCUACAAGCCCCAGCAGCAGCAGCAACAUCCUAGCUACAAUCCCCAGCCCCAGCAGCAGCAACAUCCUAGCUACAAGCCCCAGCAGCAACAUCCUAGCUACAAGCCCCAGCAGGAGCAACAUCCUAGCUACAAGCCUCAGCAGCAGCAGCAGCAGCAACAUCCUAGCUACAAGCCCCAUCAGCAGCAGCAACAUCCUAGCUACAAGCCCCAGCAGCAGCAACAUCCUAGCUACAAGCCCCAGAAGCCUUCUAGCUACAAGCCACAGGAGCCUAGCUACGACCAGCAACAGCCCCAGCAGCAGCAUCCUAGCGACAAAUCCCAGCAGCAACAUCCUAGCUACAAGCCCCAGCAGCAACAUCCCAUUUACAAGCCCCAGCAGCCUUCUAGCUACAAGCCACAGGAGCCUAGCUACGACCAGCAACAGCCGCAGCAUCCUAGCGACAAGCCCCAGCAGCAGCAGCAGCGGCAUCCUAGCGACAAGCCCCAGCAGCAGCAGCAGCAGCAUCCCAGCUACAAGCCCCAGCAGCAGCAACAUCCCAGCUACAAGCCCCAGCAGCAGCAACAUCCCAGCUACAAGCCCCAGCAGCAGCAGCAACAUCCCAGCUACAAGCCGCAGCAGCAGCAACAUCCCAUUUACAAGCCCCAGCAGCAGCAGCAACAUCCCACUUACAAGCCCCAGCCCCAGCAGCAGCAACAUCCUAGCUACAAGCCCCAGCAGCAGCAGCAACAUCCCAUUUACAAACCCCAGCAGCAGCAGCAGCAACAUCCCACUUACAAGCCCCAGCCCCAGCAGCAGCAGCAACAUCCUAGCUACAAGCCCCAGCAGCAGCAGCAACAUCCUAGCUACAAGCCCCAGCAGCAGCAGCAACAACAUCCCAUUUACAAGCCCCAGCAGCAGCAACAUCCCAUUUAUAAGCCCCAGCAGCCUAGCUACAAGCCCCAGCAGCAGCAACAUCCUAGCUACAAGCAGUAACUCAGAAGUUUGCAUUCUGUACCUUUGCUUCAUUGAAAAUUCCAUCAAAUCCUUCAAUGAUAUAAAGUUCUCAAUUGUGUUCCUGCCAUGACAUGGUUCUACUGUCCAAAUUUGACAAAAGAAUAAAAAUAUCACUUUUAAAUGGUCAAAUUGGUCAUUGGCUAGGCUGAAUGCCAGCAGCAAAUGCAGAAACCCAUUUUGAUGCCUAUUCAGGAGCCGCUGCUUUGGUCUAAUGCAACGCUACAGUUCAGUAUGGAAUCUUUUUAUUA